GGAACGGUUCAAAACAAGGAAGCAGCGACGGCAGUAGAGUGAGCAUGUAAGGCAGGUGGGUCUUUGAGGCUCUUGGUACGCAGGCCGAGCCUUCUCUGCGCCUGCGUGGGUCCCGGGGCUGCACUUAUGGACGACAGCAAAGUGGCUGGAGGCAAAGUGAAGAAGCCAGGGAAGCGAGGCCGUAAACCAGCCAAAAUAGAUCUGAAAGCCAAGCUUGAGAGGAGCAGGCAGAGUGCACGAGAAUGCAGAGCAAGGAAGAAGUUGAGGUACCAGUACCUGGAAGAGCUGGUGUCUAGCAGAGAGAGGGCGAUCUGUGCGCUGCGAGAAGAGUUAGACAUGUACAAACAGUGGUGCACAGCAAUGGACCAAGGGAAAAUCCCCUCUGAGAUCAAAGCCCUGCUCAGUGGAGAAGAGCCAAGCAAGCCUCAGCAGAACUCCAACAAGAUCGCCAAGGCUGUCAAGGCAGACGCCAACGGCCACAAUCUGUGGUGAAAAUUGACCUGCUGCGAGAGAAGUUCAUAUUUGUUUUUAAAAACGGAAGGAACCGCAGAGGGGUGACUCGCAGGUCUUUGUGUGGACAUGCCUCUCUCUCCAUUGCAGGGAUGCCCAUCCAUGGCCUUGUUGCGUAGAAUGUGGCGCUUAGGAUGGACUUGCCGAAAGAAACUGACCACAAGCCAACCCAUGUAAACCUGCAAUGUAUUUUAACCCAGUUUUCUUCUGUAUUGCAGCUUAUGGGCAUGUAGGAAUUCUGGGGGAGAAAGAGAGAAAUAUCCUGACCAAGGCUCCUUUUUUAGCGUUUUUAGCCUAUGUUGUGUUUAGGUCAUAGUUGUUUAAGAAGGAAAUGUGCAGUAAAAUCUGGAGUCCUGAUCAUUGGCGAUGGAAGUGGCUGUUCUGCACCAGAUUAUUUAUUUGUGGUGUGUGAUGUGAAGCUCUGAUGCGAGGGUGUGGUGGAAAGGCCCUUCCUUUUCAUAGUCUUGUGAUUUCUGAGCUCUUGUGUCUAGAAUGUGAACUAGGAACCAGAGCAUGCUGAUCUUGCCAUUAGCCCACAAGGCUUUAGGCAAGCCCACUCUCUUUUCAGUUCCUGCUGUUGGGGAUUAAUAAAGGCCUGCCUGACAGUUGCAAGGUACAUGAUCGUAUUGAAGGGGUUUGGAGCCCUGCCUGCAACCUUGGAAGGCUUGCUGGGCCACCGUCUUUUUUCUUAGCCUGCGUCCCAUGCCCACCUCUGUCAUCCGACUGUGGAGGGGCAGGCCAGGCCAAGUCCCAGCUGUCUUCGGAACUUCCCCACGCCUACUGCCCUGCAAGUGGGCAAGAGGCUUUUUAUCCCCACGCCCGGCAAUACGGCAGCGGAAUCUUGUUCUCUCUCCGAUUCUCCUUUUCACCUUUUGAGGCUGAUGGAGUGGCACGUGAGCAUUACGGAGCUAGUGAGAGCUCUGUGUGCGUCUGCUCGAGGGUACAGGUAGAGUUUUCCAUCUAAUGGGACUUGGUCUUAAGGCACUGCUGUGUGUACUGUACACUAGAAUAAUACGGAUGCUGUACACCCCAAAGCACCUGAUUCCUGUGGCGGGGUAUGUGUAUUUAUGCUAGCAUCUUGUGUAGCUUAUUUGGCAGUCUUUUACUAUUUUGCACGGUCCUUGUUUUUGCUAGUAUAGUAGUGGAGAGGUAAAGUGCAUAAGCGUAGCCCUGAAGAACCCACUGCCACUUCCUCUGGAGAUAUUAACAUAGUUUAUAUUUUUAACUGGAUAAUCACAGCAAAGGUAAAAAUAACCUUAACAAGGUCCUUGGGAAGCUGGGCUCUGCCUUUAGGACUGUAGUUCUACCUUUUAGGACUGUAGCCCUAGUUGACUGUGAGGGACAUUUUCCAGCUACGCAUUGUGAAACUUUUGGAUCCUCGGCGUUGAAGGUAGUUUCUCUAGUGGUGGAAAAGCAGUCGGCACCACCCAGGAGGCAAAUUCCCUUCUUCAAGCCGUGACACUUGUGAAAUUCUCCCCUUGCUGUAGGGCAGGGCUGUACUGGGGCAUCCUCCAUUCCAUCCAAGGAGUGAUGUGACUGCCCUGUGUAUUGGCAGAGAGAAGGGGAAUUGAUUCUGCAGAUGGCACAGAGUGGGGGACACAUCAGUGUAGUGGCUUGGCUUUGCCCCUCCCCAAGGCACACGUUCUUCCUUCUCACAGUUGCUGGUUGUUGGCCACAGGUGUACUCAUAUGGCAGGACAGCCAGCCACUGAUUGAUCUGAGCACACAAAUCCUUAAAUAGCAAACAUCUAAUUCAUCUUCUUAUGAGAUGGGCCAUUUAACAGUGCUGAGCAAGCCCUUGAGAAAGGAAUAGCUGGGGGCACGUUGCUUUAGCCUGCAUCUUUAAUGUGCUCUCCCCCCCCCCCCCCCGGUUCUGUGCAAUCAAGGAACUGCUUGGGUGUGUGUGGGGGGGGGCAGCAUUUGCCACCUACUCUGCAAGAGGGAAGCAGGAGGCAUCUGCCGAGGCUGCUUGCCCAGACCGCUCCUGUUGAGCUGAACACGCAGGAAGUUUUGUAAAGAGUGGUGGGGGUGAAGCAGAGAGUGUGUGGAUUGACAGAGAACCCUGCAGAGCUGGUGGCCUCCCUCUGGGGGGUUUGUGACUUCACAUCCUCCAGUCCGACCGGAGCUGUGAUCAGGAAGGGAGAAUCUGUGACUUGUAACCCCUCCUGUUGCUCGCAUGUAAUAAGUGUGGAGAAAAUGCUUAAAUUACAAGAUCCAAGUCUGUCUUCCUUUGUUACUUUUUAAUUAAAGUGGAUAAUG